AUGGACCAAAUUCCCAAGUACAUUCUUGACUAUAUCCAGCAAAGCGAGCGCGAAGAUCGAGCACAAAUGGACGAAUACCUCGCCGCUCGCAACGCCGCUCAUACAGCAGGCAAGCGGCCCGCGCCCGAUGCUGAUCCUCAUCCUCAACAAGGGUCCAAUUCGAGGGACAACGGCCCGCGAGUCCCAUUCAACAUAUCCCACGGCCUCAUAACGGGGUGUCCUAUCUGCCCCCAAGAAGACGAUUUCAUUCACGAAACACCGGACCCCAACCUCAGCCGCUGCAGCGCAUGCAAAGUCGUCUAUUACUGUAGUCCAUCUCACCAAGCUGCCGACCGACCGGCACACAAAACAUUCUGCAAGAGGGUCCAGAAAGCUACAUUCUUCUUCGAGAAAGAGCAGGCUGCGCUCAAAGCCUAUAAGGGGAUUACCGAUUGGCGCAAAGUGUUCGAGACUCCACUGGAGGACUUUUGGGGCUGCGAACAAGGAAGAAAGUAUAUCAGAGCAGGCAAAGAAUUCGUGCAUGAGUUGCUUCGGUUCAAUACGAAAGUCGCUGUAGAGGAGGCUCUGCUUUGGACGCUCGCAUUGAUGAAGUUGAGUCCCAAAGAUCCCUUGGGCCUAAGGUGUAUCACACCCUUCCUCUACAUCCGAACGGGCCGAGAUCAGGAGUGUUACGACUUCUGCAAGUGGUGGGUCACCACUGGAAACAACGGAGGUUAUGACUGGCAGAACCCCGAAGCGUCGCAGGAGAGCAUGAAAGGCUCCAACGUGCUCGAACCCGUCGACGUCUUCCAGCGUGCCAGAAACUCUCGACUCGGUGUAAACACCGACAACAUGCCCAGCAUCUCUGAUCUCUCUCACCUCGUCGCCGUCACAUUGAUCAAGAUACGUAUGCGAUGGGGCGUCCGCGCACUUCGCAUGGGCAAGAUAGUCACCUUUCAAGAUCACGCCACCGUCAACCUAGUAUGGAACACGGCGAAGCUCCGCCCUGGCCACGAAGACGAAGAACUCGUUCCUUUGACUGCAGAACUGGAGGACCACAUCGCUUUGUUAUUCGCCUGGACUGACGCAGCGAACAGACAUUUCUGGCCUGCGCUGUUGAACCCGGGUGAUCAUUUGACUGCAACACCAGAGUAUGUUCGUACGGGUGAUGAGACCGAGAUGCAGAUGGUGUUACAGGAAAGCUACAAUGCGUUCAUGGAGACCAAGAGCGCGUUCGUCCUUUUGAAAGAUGUGUUGGAAAUGAGUCAAGAUUAUGAUCGCCAGCUCAGUGCUAUGAGUCCCGACCCACUGUGCCCAUGGGACCGCGAUCCAGGAUACGAGGACGCGCCCAAGAACCCCUUCGGACCUUCAAACCCAAACUUCUGGUACUGGAAAGGGACCAGGAAGUACAUGUACUUGCGCCGGGAUUAUGCUCACGAAAUGGUAAAACUCAACACCAAAACAGCGAUCGAACACGCGUUGGAUGAUACAUGGGCCCUUCUGCGAAUGGAUCCUGAGGAUCAUCUGGGGAUGCGCUGUAUCAUGCCCUCACUCUUGCUCCGCUUGAAGCGCGACCGAGAAUGCUACGACUUCUGCAAGUGGUGGGUCACCGAAGGGAACGACGACAACGAUUGGGACUGGCAGUCCAUGGAUAUGCCCCUGACUUUUGAAGACGCUUUUGAGUCGGCUGAUAUGUUUGAGCGGAUUAGAGAUUAUGGCUCAGACCCUCCUAUGUUCUCUGAUCUGUCGUUCCUCCUUCCUAUCCUGUUGCUCAAGAUACGCAUGCGUGAGGAUCUUGAGUCGCUGCGAUUGGGUGGCAAUGAUAGCUUCCCACAGUGGAGCUUGAGUACCAUCGUGUUGGAUUUCCAUAAUGACCUUGAAAGAGAGGACGGCCGUGAGGGAGAGGACUACCGUGAAGGAGAAGAAUACUCGCCGCUUCUUAUAGAGGUGGAGAACCAGAUCAGACGGUUAUAUCGUGCCGUUGGUAGAGCCAACAAACACUUCUGGCCUGCAUUCAUGAAUCCAUGGACUCAUCUUGAGGCCAAACCGUCAUCUUAUGGGUUGGGCGAUGAAGCAGAGAUGCAGAUCAAGUUGCAGGAGUGCUUCAAUGCUUGGAUGGAGACACCCGAAGCUACGGGACCGAUCCGUGAUCUGAUGGAGGGUGACGAUAGGUAUUGGUACUCCAUGAGCGGAGUCUGA